AUGACGUAUAGAGAGCUUUAUGAGAAUCUAUUCAAUGCGCAUGUGGUGUCCCUAUUUUACCUAAAACCCAUGCAACCUCCAUUCCCUAAGUGGUAUGACGUAAACGCUCAAUGCGAAUACCAUACAGGAAUCCCGGGACACACGAUUGAGAACUGCACUGCUUUCAAAAAAAUAGUUGAAAGGUUCAUAAAGAUGGGCAUUGUAAAGUUCGAUGAUCCCACAGGACCUAAUGUGGCAGGGAAUCCGCUGCCCAGUCAUUCGGACAAAGUGGUAAACGGGAUAGAUGAAAAUGAAGGGAAGAGAACCAAGAUGGAGAUAUCAGAGGUAAAAACCCCACUGAGUUGGGUUUGGAAACAAGUGGUCAAUAGAGGUUUAAUCAAGAAAGAUUCAGAUGAGAAGCCCAAAAGGGCAAGAAAAUACUACGAGUUCCAUACCGAGGAGGGUCAUAAUAUCCAAGAGUGCACUGAGUUCAGAUCCAUAGUGCAAGGUCUGAUGGAUAAUAAAGAAAUAGAAUUUUACGAAGAAGUCCAAGGAUCAGAAGAAGUAGAGGUUUGCACCUCAGAGAAAGGAUCAACAGAAAGGGUUCAAAAAGUUAAUCACCCUGUAGUGAUCAUCUCGCGACCAAGGAAAAAUGAAGCAGGAAUACAAAUGGCACCGAGAGUCAUAAUCCAGAAACUUGUAUCCUUUCCUUACAAGGAUAAGAAAGGGUUCCUUGGAAUUAUGACUGCAACUGGAAGGCGUUAUACCCCAAACACAAAGGUAAAACCAGUUAAAGGUAAAUCUGUGGUUAUUGAACAAAGAAAGGAGAAGAUAACCAUACCUGAAUCACCUGUCAAAGAGCCUAUAACUGAAAAAGAGACUAAGGAAUUCUUAAAAUUCCCGAAGCACAGCGAGUACAGCGUUGUGGAACAAUUGCACAAACAGCCAGCUAGCAUAUCGGUACUAGCCUUGCUCUUGAGCUCAGAGACUCACUGCAGUGCAUUGAUGAAAGUUAUAAAUGAAAAAUAUGUUGCAGAUGAUAUCUCUGUCAACAAGCUCGAUCGUCUGGUCAAUAACAUCGGCGCUGAUAAUUUUAUUUUCUUUAAUAAUGAUGAAAUACCACUGGGAGGUAUGGGAUCUAUAAAGGCCCUGCACAUCACCACUCGCUGCAAGGGAUACACGUUGCCAAGGACAUGUCAAAACAUAGUGAGAGCAUUCGACGGCACUGAAAGAAAAGUGAUGGGAAGGAUCGAGAUACUUCUCUUGAUUGGCCCAAACACAUAUGAUGUGGACUUCUUGGUAAUAGACAUCAAGCCAUCGUACAACUGCCUAUUGGGGAGGCCGUGGAUUCACUCUGCUGGAGCAGUGCCGUCAUCACUACACCAAAAAUUAAAAUUGGUAAUUGAGGGUAGACUGGUAACGAUAAAUGUGGAAGAAAACAUCAUUGCAUCCGUUACCAGCGACACACCGUACAUAGGUACGGACGAUAAAGCGAUAGAAUGUUCCUUUCGAUCGCUAGAAUUCGUCAAUGCUACAUUUAUUGUCGAAGGGAACAAGAUCCCAAUACCCAAAAUAUCCAAAACUACGAAGAUGGGCCUGCAAUUAACAGUCGAAAAAGGAGCCUUGCUAGGGAGAGGACUUGGAAGGUGCCUCCAAGGAAGGAUUGAAGUACCGAUGCUAAAGGAAAAACGAGACUGCUUUGACUUAGGAUUUAAGCUAGAUGCAAAGCAAAAGAAGAAGGAGCUGGAAAAAAAGUCUUCAAAUAUCAAUGAUAUGAGCAAUGCUGCUACUGACUCAGAGACUCCUUUCGAAUAA